AUGGCCGACGACUCACCAGAUUACAAGGCUCUCUUUCUGCAAGAGAAGGAGAGACGCAAGCAGGAAGAAGAGCGGAGGAAGCAAGAAGAAGAGAGGAGAAAACACGCGGAAAAUGAAGGACGACGCGAGAAAGAGAGGAGGGAGCAGGCCGAAUCACAACGAAACCAGAUUGAAGAGCGCACCCGCCGGACAACUUUCCUGGAUUUUCUACGCCACUGCCACAACCUACUCUCCCGACCGUUGAAAGUCGCAACGCCGUCUCGCUCGACCACCGGGACGAUACCACUUCCUAAGGGCAAACAUUGCCCGACACGACUGCGUCCAUGGACGGAUUGUGUCCGUCAACAACAAGCCAUCUACGACAGGGUAUGCACCUACCUACAAUCUACUGAUGAAUCCCGAGCACAACUCUUCCCUCCUGUGAUUGCCCUUGAAGAGCUUGCUAGGCGUUUCGCUCUUCGACCUAUCAGCAGUGAACAGGGCAUCGAAACAUACGAGCGGAUCGCCGUGGAAGAUCAUGUGCGCGAUAUCAUUUCGGAGCUGUGCAAGAUCCCGGCUGCUCGAGAGGAGUUUAUGCUUGGCGAUGGUGUUUGGUUCGACAACCACACCAACGCGUUGACCGAAAGCCAGGUUGAAUUAGACGCAAACCAUCCUCCCAUUUUACGCCGUCCGCGGCCCGAUCAAUUUUGCAUUCACCGUGUGGACGGCAGCACCAAUUCUCUCCUCCUCACCGUUGAAUAUAAGCCACCGCAUAAGCUCUCCGUGGAGACCCUCCGGGCAGGACUGCGACCGAUGGAAUUGUGGCAAGAGAUGGUCAAAUGCAACACAGUGCCUACGGACCCUGUGGAGAAACUUAGAUACAAUGCGGAGCGGCUGAUUGACUCAGCUAUGGUCCAGGCAUAUGAUGUUAUGAUUGAAGAAGGUCGUGCAGACGCUAUUUUGACGAACGGACUUGCUCGAGUCCUCCUCCACGUGCCAUAUGAUGACCCAACCACGUUGUUAUAUCACUUUUGUGAACCCAUCGCCGAGAUCGAUGAAGCAGAUUUGCAGGAUCUGCGGCAACCGAAAACUUCCAUCGCCAGGGUGUUGUGCCAUUGCUUACGAAGUUUUCGUUCUCCCACGCGUGACCAAGAGUGGCGGAAUUCUGCGCGAAUGCAACUUCAUGUUUGGGAAACUAGCUUCGACCAUGCUCGCUCUUUGAUUCCAGACGAAGAGCUACGGAAAACUCCUCCGCACUCCGAAAAUACCUCAAGUCCCGAGCUGACUUCCUCAGACUACCAACCGUCGUCUUCUCCACUCGAAUCACCCACAGCAAAUGGUCGCCGAGUGCCCACAAGAUCUCAAGCACGAUGUACGCCACUCAGUCCCCAACAUCGUUCGCAGUCACCAGACUCAUCCGGCUCCGACUCAAACCAAGCGACGGGGCGCAAACGCGGCUUCAGUCAAGUCACUUCAUCUCCGUCUGCCCAACGAGCAGCCCGUCAACGCGAGCCUGGUAAUAAUCAACACAACCAGUCCCGCCACCGUGAUGCACAAUUUUGCACCCAGCGUUGUUUACUUGGACUGCAGUCCGGCGGUGCCCUUGACGAUCGCUGUCCAAAUGUGAUGCUCCAUCGUCGAAGCAAGGACGAUCUCCAACAUCAGAUUACUUCGGAAGAUUUGGUGCGUUUACUCAAAGCACAACUGGACGAAAACAUUGACCGAUGCACACCCCUUGGAGGUUGCGGGGCGUAUGGUGCACCCUUCAAACUUAGUUGUAUCACAUAUGGCUAUACUGUUGUCGGAAAAGGAACCACAUCUGGGCUGUGGAAAGAAGUCUCCCGCGAGAAGGAGGUAUACCGAAUUCUGCAAAAGGCGCAAGGGUCCGCUGUGCCUGUUUUCUUGGGUACCAUCGACUUGGCGAAAAUUUAUUUCCUUCACGGGGCUGGAGGUAUUCGCCAUAUGCUCGUGAUGGGCUGGGGGGAGAAAGUAUGGCAUCGAUGGAGCUGA